GAUGAACCAGAAACAGAAGUUUUGAAACAAGAAGCAGAGCAUGCUGAUCCUGCUUACUGGGAGAAAUUAUUACGCCAUCAUUAUGAACAACAGCAAGAAGAUUUAGCUCGUACAUUAGGUAAAGGUAAACGUGUACGUAAACAAGUCAACUACAAUGAUGCUAUGAACACACAAGACGAAGAAGCGUGGAAAGAAAGUGUGUCUGAUUUUGAUUCAGACUUUAGUGGUCAUUCUGGAGACCAUGUCCAUGAUGAAGAUGAUGAUGAUUUUGAGGAUAAAACUGAUUCUCGUAACAGAACUCGUAAAAAUGAGAAAGAUAGACCCUUACCACCUUUAUUGGCUAGAGUUAAUGGCCAGAUAGAGGUAUUAGGUUUCAAUGCCAGACAACGAAAGGCUUUCCUGAAUGCUGUAAUGAGAUGGGGUAUGCCACCUCAAGAUGCUUUUAAUUCUCAGUGGUUGGUUCGUGAUCUGAGAGGAAAAGGAGAGAAAGUAUUUAAAGCUUAUGUAUCAUUAUUUAUGCGUCAUCUUUGUGAACCAGGAGCAGAUAACUCUGAAUCUUUUGCUGAUGGUGUACCAAGAGAAGGUUUAUCAAGACAGCAUGUUUUAACAAGAAUUGGUAUCAUGUCUCUUGUUAGAAAAAAGGUUCAAGAAUUUGAAGCUAUUAAUGGAGUACAAAGUAUGCCAUAUAAAAGUGCUGUGAAGGCUGUAGAAGAUUUAAAGAAAGAACAGGAGGAAGAGGCUAAGAAAGAGAAAGAAGAAGAAAUAAAAGAAGAAGAGAAAUCAGAAGAAAAGACUGAAGAUGGUACAAUCAAAACAGAGGUAAAAGAUGAAGAGAUGAAAUCUGAAGAAAAGAGUGAAGGAGAAACAGAGGUGAAAGAAGAGAAAAAAGAAGAACUAAUGGAAACUGAUGAAAAACCAGAAGAGACAAAAGAAGAGAAAAUUGAAGAUAAACCCGAAGACAAACCAGAAGACAAGGAUAAAGCUGAAGAAGAAAAAACAGAGGAAAAGGCUGUAGAAGAGAAAACUGAAGUCAAAGAAGAAGAAAAGAUGGAAGUUGAUGAAGACAAGAAAAAAGAUUCUGAUCAAAAAGAUGGUUCUGUGUCAAAGGAACAGGAUGGUGAGAAACAGGAUGGUGAGAAACAGGAUGGUGAGAAUAAAGAAAGUAAUGAAGAAGAAAAAGAAGAAAAGAAACCAAAGGAAGAAACCCAAACAGAAGAGGAAACUAAAACCAAAGAAGAAACAAAACCGAAAGAAGAACAUAAAACAAAAGAAGAAACUAAAUCAAAGGAGGAAAAGGAAACAAAAGAAAAAGAAAAGGAAACAAAAGUAGAAAAGAUAGAAGAAAAAACAGAAGAGGGUUGUCAGAAGUUUAUGUUUAAUAUUGCUGAUGGUGGUUUUACAGAGUUACAUACUUUAUGGCAGAAUGAACAGAGGGCACUGUUAUUCCUUAACCCUUAUAGUUAUGGCUAUGGUAGAUGGCAAGAUAUACAGAAUGAUCCUCGAUACCAAAUUAUAAAUGCUCCUUUUGUUAGUGAACAAGGAAAGGGAAAUUUUUUGGAAAUCAAAAAUAAAUUUUUGGCUAGGCGAUUUAAGUUAUUAGAACAAGCUUUAGUGAUUGAAGAACAGUUACGAAGAGCAGCUUAUCUCAAUUUAUCUCAAGACCCAUCUCAUCCGGCCAUGGCUCUGAACGCAAGAUUUGCUGAAUUAGAAUGUCUAGCUGAAAGUCAUCAACAUCUAUCUAAAGAAUCUCUUGGUGGUAAUAAACCUGCUAAUGCUGUUUUACAUAAAGUGCUAAACCAAUUAGAAGAAUUAUUAAGUGAUAUGAAACAAGACGUUGCCAGGUUACCAGCCACUCUAGCCCGUGUUGCCCCAGUAACACAAAGAUUACAGAUGUCAGAACGUCAUAUCUUAAACCGUUUAGUCAAUCCAAACCAAGUAUCAGUUGUUUCAGCACCUAGUCAACAAUCUACACCUUCUACAUCAAAAACAUUUUCUGGAGCAUCAGGAUCUGGUAUUCCUGGUUUACCACAAGGAAUGGCUGGACUAGGUAUGACAGCUGGCAAUUUCUCUCAAGGUCAACUGGCUAUGGGUUUUCCUUUGAUGUCUUUAUUACCAGGUCAAAGUUCAAGUAGAGGAGGUACCCCAAGUUCCUCACAUAAAUCUGCUACACCCACACCAGACAAAAGUGGUGUAGAAGAUCUCAGUAAAAAAUCCAGUUCAAAGAAAGAUGUAAUUUGUUUAGAUGAUUAG